AUGUCCUCAGUGAGUCGCGCAAUCACAAGAUGUUGGACAACUUUCAUGCCAUUAGAAGCUAACAUCCGAUCUCUCACUAGAUGGCCGAAACUUCGAGUCUUACAGCGAAGAUCCCCAUUUGUCCGGCUUCCUCGCGGCAGAGUAUAUCAAUGGCGUCCAGAGCCAGAACAUCGCCGCCAGCCCCAAGCAUUUCCUCGGCAACGAGGUCGAGAACGGCAGACGUUGGAGCGACAGCGUGAUUGAUGAACGUGCCCUACGAGAAAUCUACCUCGAGCCGUUCCGCCUUCUCUGCAAGCACUCGUCACCGCUGUGUCUCAUGACCGCGUACGUAAACCCUUCACACAACACGCAAGCACCCUCCAUGCUCCAGUUCUUUAUUAACUGGAGGUUAGAUACAACGCCGUCAACGGUGAAUACUGUUCCGAGUCACCAACACUACUACGAAUCGUGCGCGACGAAUGGAAGUACGAUGGCGUCAUCAUCUCGGAUUGGUUCGGUACCUACAGCACUAAUGAGGCCAUCAACGCGGGCCUCGAUCUCGAACUACCUGGCGAGGCCAAGUUCCGCACGCAAGAGAAGAUGACGGAGGCUAUCGAAAGGGGCCAAGUUGACCCUGCACACCUAACCACGAUCCUACAACGUGUAGUUAACCUACUUCAGAAGACCAACCGUAUCGGUCUGUCUGACACUGAAGAUGCUCGCGGAACCCUCCCUGAGCUCUCAUCCGUACCCAACGCCGAGACAAGUGCCCUGCUGCGUCGCGCCGCAGCAGACGGCAUGGUGCUGCUGAAGAACAAGAACAAUGUACUGCCGCUAUCAGUGAGCGCUGGGAAUAGUAUCGCCGUCGUCGGCAAACCAGCGGCCGAGCCAUCCAUCUUUGGCGGGGGCUCAGCAAGCCUGAAGCCCGCGCACAUCUCGACACCGCUCGAGGCACUGCGCCAAACGUACCCUUCGCUGGUGUACUCGGAAGGCGUAGCCGUCCAGAGACUGGUAGAUCUUGCUUGUCAGAUCAAGGUGCCAGAGUCUGAUGUGCGGCUGGAGUGGUUCAACAGCAGUGAACCGGACGAGAAGCAACUCUUCCGCGACGAAGUCGUCCCCAAGUCUGAAUACAUGAUGAUGGAGGACAUCCACGCUGGACUGGCUGACUUGCAGAGCUUUUGCACGCGCAUGACGGUGGUGAUCCAGCCGCCUGUGACAGCAGCGUACCGCCUUAGCCUGACCAGCCCUGGCUCACAAACGUGCUACAUCGAUGGCAAGCUCGUGGGAACUGUGGCUCGAGGUGCCGAGGUUGUCACCGAGGAUUACAUUUUCAACCGCGCUCGCCUCGAGCAACGCAUCGACACUCCCAUCCAUCUCGAAUCCUCCAAGCAAUAUACGCUCACCAUUGUAACCCAGAGCGCCAAGCACUCUCCCGUCCACAUCAACCGAGAGUUCUAUGUGCAGGGAAGCCGCGUUGGCCUCGCCCUCAUCCCCGACGACGACAAGGACAUUACUGAUGCAGCGGCCAAGGUGUCUGCUUCCGGUGCCGCCGCGACUGUUGUCUUUGUCGGCACUUCGACCCAAUGGGAGUCUGAAGGAUUCGACCGUGUCUCCUUCUCCCUCCCGUUACGGCAGAACGACCUCAUCCGUGCGGUUACGAAAGCCUCGCCCGGCCCAACCAUCGUUAUUAUCAACGCGGGGUCCGCGGUUGACUGCACACCUUGGAUCGAUGAGGUUGACGCCGUGAUCCAGGCUUGGUUCCCCGGCCAAGAGUACGGCAGCGCCAUCUCAGACGUGCUCACUGGCCGUGUAUCCCCGAGCGCGAGGCUGCCCACCACCAUCCCUCGCUCCAUGGAGGGCACGUGCACUGGGGAUCUCACUGGCAAGACGGAGGGAGAGAAAGGUGUCCAGAAGCGCAUUGUUUACCAGGAGAGCUGGGCUGUGGGUUACCGUGCUUUCGGUGGCAGCCGGGAUUGGUACAAUCCGCUGUUUGCUUUCGGACACGGGCUUUCGUACUCGGACUUCUCUUAUGGAGCCAUUAAGCAGGAGCUGAUCCACGACGGCGAUGCUAUCAGUGUCGCUGUAUCGGUUCCUGUUAAGAAUACGGGCGCCGUCGAAGCAGCCGAGGUGGUACAGCUAUAUGUCCAACCCCCACAAGGCUCAGUCGAGCGACCGGUCGUAGAGCUGAGGGCAUUCGCAAAGACACGGCGGCUUGCCUCGGGUGAGGAGCAGACGGUACAGCUCCAACUGUCGAAAGAAUCAUUCAGUUUCUGGGAUGUUGAAACUCAUAGCUGGAAAGUGGAGGCUGGCGAGUACACGGUGCUCUUCGCCGGCAGCACAGGUGUCGGUGACUGGCUCGAGACUGGUGAGCGUGUUGCAAUUACGGUGGAUAAGACGUUCCACUGGUCGACCUAG